ACAAAAGAUGGACGCCAGGCGGGGACAACUCCACAGAAUUCUCCUGCAGUUGGUGCUGCUGCUGCUGCUGGCGAUGCUCAGGCUGGGCAGCCCACUGCGGAGGAUGGCGGCGACACGCAAACCUCCGUUUCUGCGGUGUCAGCGGGAGCAGCACCUGACAAGGCGGCUGGUGCACCGAAGGGCAGUGCGAAGGCAACGGCAGAUCCGCAAGCUGCCGACACCACCCACACAGCGACUGCGACAGCCGACAGUGACGGCAGCACCGCGGCCUCGCACUGCACCUCCCCCCUUGCGCUGCUUCUUCUUGCGUGUGCGGCGGCUGCUGCGAUGGCGGUCGUGUGA